GAUUAGAGCUUGAUAUUCCGUAUUAUGAUUAUGGUUUUGCCAUUGAAGUCCAAGGGGAACAACACGAAAAAUUUAAUAAAUUCUUUCAUAGAGGUGAUCCCAAUAACUUUAUCAAACAGCAGGAACGCGAUCAACUCAAGAAAGAAUUAUGCGAAGAAAACUGGAUUGCCUUAAG